AUGGACGCCAAUAGGAAGCGCGUGUUGGAGCUCGCCGAACAGGGCGACUGGGAUGAGGUACAGCAGCUUGUUGCGCAGAACCCGGUACUGGCCCAGGCGCAGGAUGACUUUGGCAUGUUGCCGCUGCAUUGGGCCUGCACGGAGCCGUCGGUCAGCCUCGACGUCAUUUCAGCACUUGUGCAAGCUUUCCCAGCCGCCUGCGGGCUGGAGAACCUCUCAGACAUGCUGCCAUUGCACGUCGCAAUCAAAGCCAAGGCGCCGGGCAUGCUGAUCAGCACGCUGCUGGACGUGAACCCGCAGGCGGCACUUGCCAAGGACGGCAGCGGCCACUACCCUGUGGACUUAGCCAUCUCCAGCAACCUACCGAGCUUCACCAUCGACCUCAUCCGAAAGGCCGGCGCGCGCGCGCUUCAGUCUAGCUCCAAGAUGCGGGCGGCGUCGUCCAUGGAUGACCUCACGAGCAGCGACCACAACCAGAGUGAGGACGACGAAGACAUCCCGAUGCUAAUGAAGACCCAGUCCAUGCUGACCUCAUCAAGGUCGCUAUGCCGCGACCUCUCCACGGCUUCUCUCACCAUGGACCCCGUGGACUCGAACACCAUUUCCUUGCAGCUCAAGGAACUACUUUCCCAACUGCACCAGCUGAGUGUAGACAUUCGCGUGAACAACACGUCGCCAUCAAGCUCCACGACGUACUGCAGCUCACUUUCUAGCGCUUUCUCCUCCAGCGGCCAUGUCGGCACGGAAGGAUUGACGUCGGUUCUAUGGAACCCAAGUGACCGGUUCGGCAUCAUCCUGGAGCCUGCCGUCAAGGAGAUGGGUGCCAGGAUAAAGGGCUUCUCGUCUCGUAGUGACGUGUUGGGUGUGGAGUCGCUAGCUGAGGGCGACGUGCUGGUGAACAUUAACGGCGCGUCAGUGGCGAAUGCAGCGUUCGCGUCAAUCAUGCGCUUUUUGAAGCAUUCCAAAGGCACGUGCAAACUGCGCUUCCGGAGCGCCGUCGACGCAAUUACGGCCAGCAAAUGCAGCACCGGCAGCAAUCCUGCCGCAGAGCAGGACAACGCCAUGUACUCCAAAGUGGCGGAGAUGCUGGAGACCACUCUGAAGAAAGUCUCGGCCGUCGAGGAAACAGUACGUCUGAGCUCAGCCAUGUCGCUCUGCACGUAA